UUUAGAGAGUAAAAUUUAGAAAGACUCUAGUUGAGCAAACGAAUUUGUACGCUGAAUAUGACUGCCAACUUUUUCCUGUGCAUAUUGGAGCGCAUCAGGGUGAAUUGGAUUCGUAUUAUCACAAAACAAACCGGUGUAGAUUCAGGCUGGAUUUGAGCCUGUUUAGCAGCGCUAUCCGCUUGGCCCAAUUCGUCUACUGCUCCUCCAGCUCCUCCGCUGCGCCGCCGGUCGCCGCCCGACACCGCCGAAGAAGAGCAGACGCCGAGUCCAGGACGUCGCCGCGGGGCUCGGGGAACGCGGUGUUGCCAUCGCGAGGAAGGUCGGAAGUUCGCUGUUCGCCCGCCGGAUCGGCACCGUCGCCACCGCCCAUGGCAACCGUCGCCCCCGUCGUCUCCGACCUCGUCGACUUCCUCAACGCGUCGCCCACCGCCUUUCACGCCGUUGACGAGGCGAAGCGGCGGCUGAAGGCGGCGGGGUUCGUGCAGCUGUCGGAGCGGGAGGAGUGGGCGGGUCUCGAGCCCGGGCGCAAGUACUUCUUCACACGCAACCACUCCACUAUUGUCGCUUUUGCCAUCGGCGCAAAAUACGUUGCUGGCAAUGGGUUCCACAUCAUCGGUGCACACACUGACAGCCCUUGCCUGAAGCUCAAGCCUGUCUCCAAGGUAACCAAAGGAGGUUACCUUGAGGUUGGGGUUCAAACGUAUGGUGGUGGGUUGUGGUACACAUGGUUUGACCGUGAUCUUACUGUAGCUGGUAGAGUGAUUAUACGGGAGAAGAAGGAUGGCGUGGUCUCUUAUGCACACAAGCUUGUACGGGUACAGGAACCAAUUAUGCGGAUACCUACUUUGGCUAUUCACCUGGACAGGACUAUCUCCUCAGAAGGUCUCAAGGUUAACAAUCAGAGUCAUCUUGUUCCAGUGCUGGCUACAUGUAUCAAGAAUGAAAUGCAGAAAUUUGUAGCAGAUAAUGGCCCAAAGCAGGCAUCCGAGAAUGCGAACACAAAGCAUCAUCCAUUACUAUUGCAGUUGAUUGCUAAAGAGGCUAACUGUGAGCCUGGUGAGAUAUGUGACUUUGAACUGCAAUUAUGUGAUACUCAACCAAGUGUUGUAGCAGGUGCCACGAAAGAGUUCAUCUUUUCAGGAAGGCUUGACAAUCUUUGCAUGUCAUUUUGUUCAUUGAAGGCUCUAAUAGAUUCCAGUUCUGUUGAACACUCUCUUGAUCAUGAAUCUGGUGUGAGAAUGGUAGCUCUAUUUGACCAUGAAGAAGUUGGGUCUGAUUCUGCUCAGGGAGCUGGUUCCCCUGCCAUGUUGGAUGCUUUAUCAAGAAUUACUGGGUCUUUUAACUCUUCAGGUUCCAAGUUGCUAGAAAAAGCUAUUCAGAGGAGCUUCCUGGUCUCUGCUGACAUGGCACAUGCUUUACAUCCCAACUAUAUGGACAAGCAUGAGGAGAACCACCAGCCUAAAUUGCAUGGAGGACUUGUGAUCAAGCACAAUGCCAAUCAACGAUAUGCUACAAAUGCUGUGACAGCAUUUAUUUUUCGAGAAAUUGCUGAGAGACACCAGCUACCUAUACAGGAUUUUGUUGUUCGCAAUGACAUGGCUUGUGGUUCAACAAUUGGCCCAAUACUUGCUAGUGGUGUUGGUAUUCGCACUGUUGAUAUUGGAGCACCCCAAUUAUCAAUGCACAGCAUCAGAGAAAUGUGUGCCGCUGACGAUAUUAGCUACUCAUAUGAGCAUUUCAAGGCAUAUUUUGAAGAAUUUACUGAAUUGGAUGGCAAGGUCAAGGUGGAUUACUAAGGCAUAUAGCACAAUAGGUUAGCUUUGUUACAAGCUGUACUUUUAUACAAAUUCGAUAAGCAAGUGGAGAACAAAUUUGGGAGAAUGUGCUAGUUGUGUUUGCAUUGCCAUACGAUGUUCUAAAUUGUAUCUUUUUAUCGAACCCAAGUACCCACAUGUUUGAAAUUCUUUUGGUGAAUGACUUCCUAUCAAGAAAAUGAACUAGCCUAUAAAUUGGCUCCAA